CCCUUCAGUUCAGUCGUCCCACUGUGCAUGUGACUUCCUACUCACUGUAUAUGCUGCAACUAUACGGGUCUCCAAAAUUGUCAUGCGAUAACUGAAUCAGUGGAAUUUCACCGCAACCCACGAGCAUUUUUUCUCGGAUACAUCCCACGGGUCCAAUGCAAACCGAUCUCGUCAAAUCGCAACAAGAGUAGCAAGUAUGGCUGAAGACUUUCUCCGCGAUAAUCCAGGGCUGAGGCCGUUCGUUCUCUCCGACGUCCAGCGCACUGGUCACAAAAUCGGCAGCGGAGCCUACGGCAAAGUGGAGGAGGUGGUCGUUCAGGUCGGCGCCGCUGCGAAAACCAUCUACCCCUUCUUGCAAGGGGGAGAGCGGACUGCGGUUGGCCAACAGCCGAAAGCAGCGACGGAGUUCGUGAGAGAAUGUCAGCUUAUGAGCACUCUCCGCCAUCCGAACAUCGUCCAGUUUCUGGGCGUCGUUUUCUUUUCCGACUCGCGAAUGCCAGCCCUCGUCAUGGAGCGACUGUUGACGAGUCUUCAUGACUUGCUGGCUCCGGACUCACCUUUUCCGUCCGGCGCCGUCACACCGAUAUCUUUCUUCUCCAUGGCCCUCAAGUGCUCCGUACUGCACAACGUAGCGUGUGGCCUAGCCUACCUCCACGAGCGAUCGCAACCCAUCAUCCACCGCGACUUGUCGGCCAGAAACGUUCUCCUGGACUCGGAGAUGGUCGCCAAGAUAGCGGACCUAGGCGUGGCUCGUAUCGUGGCGGGGCCUGAAGCUGCUACUAGGACGCAGGGACCCGGGGCUUUAGUUUACAUGCCCCCAGAGGCCUUCACAACAAGUCGAUCAAGUUUUGAUGCGACACGGUACGAUGCUAGUAUCGACAUCUUCUCUUUUGGUGUCAUUGCCAUUUUCACAAUCGGAGGAAUCUUCCCCUCUAAUCUCCUACCACCCGCCUAUGAAGACGAAAAUAAAAAGCUAGUAGCUCGCACUGAACUACAGCGACGCGCUGAGUACAUGCGAUAUGUGAACGAGCAACUCCGUGCCUGUGGCCAGCUCCGUGGGGACCACCCUCUCAUUCGGCUGAUCCAGCAAUGCCUGCACAACGGUCCUCACAAACGUCCGAGUAUUGGUGAGGUGCUUCGUCUGUUGGAGGAGGCCAGAGCUGGUUUUAGAGAUGAAGGGAGUGAGAGGAACAAACGUGAACUGGUACGAGCUCUUCAGACCCAGCCCAGGAACGAGAACUUGGAGCGUAUCCUGCGACACAUGGUGAAAGAGAUUGCAGAGCUCCAGUCCAGGGUGGAGGGGCAAGACGGGGAGUUAGCUGUACUGCAACAGCAACUGGACACACUGAGGGCCAAAGUCCCGGAGCCUCCCUUGCAGGUCAGUGGACCUGGUCUAACAUCAGCCACAGUCAACCACCCAACACACGUCCUAGUCCAACCGAGUGACUACAGCCCUACUCUCUAUUCCAACACAGCCAAAGUCACAGCACGCCUCGAGCCUGUUUCAGAAACCGCACCCACCACUCCAUCCAGAAUCAACCUACAAGUAGCCAUGACGUCUCCCUCCCAAUACGAGGUGUCGUACACACCAGUCAGUCGAGGCCAACACAAACUCCACGUUCAAGUCAACGACAGAGAAAUCAAUGGCAGCCCCUUCACCGUGACCGUGUACCCUGACCCCAGACAACUAGGCCACCCAGUGAGUGUUUAUACAAGCCUGAGUGGGCCGUACGGAAUGACAUUCAACAAAGACAACGACAUAAUUGUCACCGAAAGUAACGGUGAUACAUUGUCCAUCAUUGACGCCCAAAGAAGGAACGUCCGCAAAUUCCACGGAGCGAUUUCGGAUUCACCGAAGGGCGUGGCUAUUGACGGUGCCGGCAACAUCUACGUGACCAGCAAAAACAAGCUUCAGAAAUUCUCCGCCACUGGGGCGCUGAUUAAACGCAUUGGCAGAACCGGAAGAAGUGAAGGGGAAUUUGCAGACCCGCGUGCCGUGACGGUACACAACGAUCAGCUGUACGUGUGCGACAUCUACAACCACCGCAUUCAAGUCUUUGACCUCGACUUGAACUUUGUCCGAUCCAUCGGCUCGCACGGAGAGGGACGCGAGGAGUUUGACGAGCCCCAAGACGUCUGGUUCGACACCGCUGGGAACAUGUACGUGGCAGAAUGGGGGAACGGAAGGAUUCAAGUGUUGGACGGGAAUUGCAAGUUCAAGCAUGAAUUUGGUCGCGAAGGGAGUCGACCAUCGGGUCUUACGAUUGCUGACCGAUACGUGUAUGUGUCCGAUCUCAGCGGUCACUACAUCGCCAUUUACGACACCUCGGGUCAGUUUGUCGCUGCGUUUGGAAGGGAUGGUACCAAGGAGGGUGAGUUCCAGGGACUACGCGGUAUCAAUACAUGCGUCGAUGGAUUUAUACACGUAUGUGACAGUGGCAACAACAGAAUACAGUCAUUUUGAGAUUUUUGUAUAGUCAUUUUGAUUUUUGUACAGAAUACAGUCAUUUGGAUUUAUGAAUUUGAUUUUUGUACAGAAUACAGAAUUUGAUUUUUGUAUAAUUAUACAGAAAAUAGUAUUUUGAUUUCUGUACAGAAUACAGUCGUUUUUUUAUAUUUGUACAGAAUACUUGAUUUUUACGAUUUUUCUGCAUAACACACCAAGCAAUAUCUGUAACACCCAUUCACACUUUCUGCACACUAUUAUUAUAGAGCUCUAUAAUUAUAUCAUCAGCUCACUGGACACUGUCCGCU